CGCAUCACUUCCUGUGCAUCGCAUGCUGGGCGCUUUCAACUCCGACAGGACAGUCGACGGAGUCACAUAAAUAGACAGGAGUCACGGACUAUCUGAGUGACUAGUCCGCCAAACUGUCCGAGUUUCAUCAGACACUGACUCCUGGCAUUGGACAGGGUGUUGGACCCUCCUCCUGCAUGACGACAGAAUGAGACAAUAGCUAGGGGUGUUGGAAAUCACCCCCCCCCCCCUUGUUUCCCCCCUCCUACAUAUCCAGGAAGCAUAUCCAUACUCACUAUCUUACACCAACACUCUACAAAACAAUACUUUGGACCUUUGUGGCUUCCACACUUUACCUUGAAGUCCCCAUGAGACUUUCACAGGACCGUCGCUGCUGAGAAACUCCGGGAACAAAACCCAUUUCCUUUCAGCCAGUGGACACAUCCUUCCGUUCUGACAGCUUUGGUGGAGCUGAACGGAAGCUCAUUAGAUCACUGAAUCAUGAAAACACCAGAGGACCACUGGGAGUUUCCAUUUGGAGUUGUAAAUUAAUAGACCACCAGUGAGUGGAGCAAAUCUAAUUCAACCUGCAGCAGAAGAUCUGUUAGAAUAAAUGCUAACUCUCCUUUGCCAUUUCAUCCGUCUCAUCUGAAGUGCCUUUUGCCUCCUCGAACCGUUUACAUCCACUCCAAAUAUCUGAUCCAUCUGCCAAGACGCAUCUGUUUCAUCACUUUCUCCUGUUUGCAUGCGAGUAAAAGUUUGAAGUAUCUAAGAUACGAGGAAUGAGACCACCGUAGAAUUCGGUUCCUCAGACUUAUCCUACCUUAACUCACUCAGACUCUCAAACAACUCCGUCACCAUGUUCACACUGCAGUCCAAAUGGCGCUACCUAAUCAUGUUCUUGGGCGUCCAGUUAGUGGUCAUGGCUCUUCUUUCUAGGGAGGGCUACCAGAAAAGAGUGUCAUAUUUUUUACGGAUUUUCCGAAAGCUGGAUUCUGCGACUGGACACACAGUUGGUGUACGCAACCAUACGGAUGUUUACGCCAACCUCUCCCUUUUGGGCCCUCCUCUUAAAAAAGAGGACAUGGCUUACUGCCCCAACCAGUCUCCUCUGACUGGUGGACCAAUUCAUGUCACUUUCCACUCUGGGCUUACGCUUGCUGAGGUGGUAAGAAAGAAUCCACUUGUUGUCCGUGGAGGGCGUUAUAGGCCGCCAAACUGUGAGGCUCGCCACCGCACUGCAAUAAUCAUUCCCCACAGAAAUAGGGAGCAACACCUCAAGUUCCUCCUGUACUAUCUGCACCCCUUCCUACAGCGUCAGCAGCUCAACUAUGGCAUCUAUAUCAUUCACCAGGCUGGAAAUUACACCUUUAACCGAGCAAAGCUGAUGAACGUGGGAUUUCGCGAAGCCAUGAGGGAAGAGGACUGGGAUUGUCUCUUCUUUCAUGACGUGGACCUCAUUCCAGAGGACGACCGCAACACCUACAUCUGUGACGCUCACCCCAAACACGCUGCCAUUGCCAUGGACAAAUUUGGCUACAAGUUGCCUUAUAAGAUGUAUUUUGGAGGAGUAUCAGCUGUGACCCCAGUUCAGUACCUCAAAAUGAAUGGUUUCCCAAACAAUUACUGGGGCUGGGGUGGUGAGGACGAUGACAUUGGUGUCCGGGUCUCACUUGGAGGAAUGUUAAUCAGUCGUCCGUCUCUAAAAGUGGGCCGGUAUAAGAUGAUCAAACACAAGCAAGACAAAGGCAAUGAAGUGAAUCCCAAAAGGUUUAACAUGUUGGCCAAGACCCGGCAUACGUGGAAACAAGACGGUAUGAAUACGUUGGAGUAUGAGAUCGUAUCCCGGGAUUACCAGCCUCUUUACACCAACAUCACGGUCAACAUUGGCACCGAGGCAGGCCUGCACCCGCCUAAAAAAAAAGCUGCUUCUUAGCUGACUCCCAGCAUUCUUGUUGUUUCCCGGAGGCACAAGUCUUAGCGCCAGUGCCACACUGCCCGAAGACUUCACCCACAUGCACAUGGCCAGUGAAUUCAUGGGACAUCAUGCCUUUACUGCUCCACAGACCUUCUGUUUCUCUCUGUAAUAGCGGUGCCAUCUAGUGAUCCCAUGAUUCUCUGUCCUUUCUCUCGCUCUCUUUUUCUCCAAAGUUUGACAUUCUGAUCCUGUGCUCACUAGUUCACUUUAUAAGUCAGGAUGCUCAUCUGGUCCACGCACUGAACGCUUCACAGACUCCGUAGGAAGGAUGUGUUUCCUGACAGACUCUUCAUGUAUCCUCUGUGUCUAUAGGCACCAUUGGAAAAACCUCUGUUGCCUUCGAAUCAAGCUGCAUUCUCUCUUUACAUUUCUCUUAUGAUGACUAACGGCCACCCAUUGGUUGACGUGUUGCACUGGGUCAGGCCGACUCUUUAGCAGGGGUAAAAUUAGUUUUCUGCCACGUGAGGGGAAAAGUGAAGCAUGCCGAACAACUACAUAAGCAAUGUUAUUUGCUGCACUACUCUGUGAGUCUGGUGCAUUUCCUGUUCAGUAAAUUAUGUUCUGUAUUGCUAUACAGGUGGGUGGAGUGAUAUUUUGCUAUAUAUCUUCAAUUUCGAGUAAAGAACUGGCCUCUUUGGUAGUAAUAACCACUCUACAUUUACUGAUGUCCGCCUUUUUUAUUUUGUUUUCAUACUUGCCUUUGGUUAUCUUGGUAAUAAUACUGGCUUUACUUAUCAAUGCGCUGCCUCUCAUUUUCACGAUUUGCCCAACACACUCUAUUUUAUGAUUUUUUUUUUUUUUUUUUUUUUUUUUUUUUAAUGAUUGGCUGGUUGUGUGCGGUUUGCUUUGAAUUAGGCAUUAGGUUUGUUGAAUGUAGGUGUAGUUCUCCUUUUGGUCAGAGAAUGUCAUAUCAGUGAAGAGUGCAUUGGGUUGUGUCCAUUUGGAUGGCUUGGUGAAUAGUAUAUACUUCGGAAGUCCCUUUGUUUUUGUCCCAUAUUCCCAUAUAGAGUCCAGCAUUUGAUCAGUCAACAAGAUUUCCUAGAAAUGCACUUAGCUUGUUAUGCGUGCUUUUUAGAAAGACUUUCAGCUUUAUAAAAACACAAGCAUAAACCGUUUAUAAAAACAUUAAGUAAAUUGUCCCAUUGAAUAAAAUGAGCUAAGAACAUCUGUAAAAUAUUUUUUGCAUUCAUUUGAAAACACUUGAUGUUCACAAAACCAUUUCUACAGUUACUUUGAAACAGAUGUGCUACAAUCAGUCUUAUAUAAAAUGGUGUGAUGAAUCAAAUACGCUAACAACUUUAAAACCAUUCUUAUGUAAAUUGUUGUAAGAAGCUAAAUUAAAUGCUAAUGUUCGUAAAACCAUUUUUAGAUCAAUUGUUGAAUUUAAAUUGAAUGCCCUAAUAUUUAUAAAAUCAUUCUUGUGUUAAUUGGAAGUAAUGAAUCAAAUGCACUAUCAAUCAUAAACCAUACUUGUGUAGAGUGCUGCAUUAAAUUUGCUCACAAACCAAUCUUAAACUGUAGCAGUGCAGUGAAUGCGCCAACAUUCAUAAACGUGAGCUGUUGCUUUUAGUUGAAUGUGCUAAUAUUUGUAAAACCACUCUUGCAUAUAUUUACGUUUAAUUGUAUACAGUAACAGUCCAACCAACCAAUGGUUACGAACAAAUUACACUGUUUGUUUUGCUUAUUGUUAAUGAAUGAGACCCAUUUGGUAUGGAAAAAAAAGGUAAAUUCUUUCAGUCCUCAAAACAAAUUGAUUUUGUGUUUCACACCUUUAAUAUUUAAAAAUGCAUUCAUGAAUUUGGAGAAGUAUCAGUUCUGAAAAUUAUACUGAAUCAUGGCCCCCCUUGGUAAUGUUAACCUUGUAUUUGCCAUGCCUUGUUUCUGUCUAACUUUUUAAACGUCUUCUGCAUUGUUCAGUCUCAUGGUGAAACUAACUCUCUGACAGUCCAGUCACCGGAUACACGGAUGCUUCAGACAGAUCUUGUGGAUAGGUGAAUCUCAAAUAACUGUUUAUGAUAAUGAGAUCAUACAUUGUUUUUCUAAUGCUGCUGUUCUCUGUGUUGAGUGUGAACGGUGGAGGUAUUGCUCCCCUCUUUACUAGUUUGUAUGCUGUUGGUAUUUUUUCUUUUCUUUUUGCUCAACAGUAGUAUUUUUUUUUUUUUAUGAAAGCUUAAGGUGGUCGUUAACGGUCCGAUUAAGUCUGUUGGCUCAGAGAAUAUUACCUGUAAACAAUUGAUUUAUUUUGGGAUGUAAAGGUUGACACGAGAUGUUUAUUCUUCACAUUGAGAAUUUAUAAUUGAUAGCUAUUCACAUUGCCAUCAUAGAAGGUACUUAGAGAACUGUUGAUCAGCCAUGAAUGAUAUAGUUUGACAUGUACAGAUUACAGGCUGCACACUACUGAGAUGGGGUGAUGGAUCGGAUGUUUCUAAAUGUGCCUUAUCUCUCUGGUGUCAGUAAUCUGGAGUUCUUCAGUGGGCACAGUGCUCUGAACAAAGAGAAUUUGUUUCUCUUUAAGAAGUCUGCACACUACAUAGCGGCCUUAUGAUUAUUUAAUAAAACAAAUGUUGAUGUUC